CUUUUCAAUACAUUUAUAAACAUUCAUAAGCACACAAAUAAAUCAUAGACCAUGUAAAAUUAGCUUUAUUUAUUUUUAAAAUAUUUUUUUAGAUUUUAUAUUCCUGCUCUGGCGGAGGUGACAGAGGGGAUUCUUUUGCUUGAAGUGGCAGAAAGCAGCAAUAGCAGCGCGCUAGCAACAUCUGCGCUCCAACCACCAGGCUCAUAGCGACAUGCUAGCUGCAUUAGCAACACCAGCGACCAGGUUUGGAACUGACUCUAUCAGGCUGCCGUGCAGCAGGUGGUUGCUGUGACGUUCCAGACUGCGGUUGCCGAAAACCACUGUGAGGAUUUGGUCUGUGUUCAGGAGGAUUCAGGGAUGGGAAAACAGAGUGGAGAACCUGUGCAACAGAACCACACCAGAAACAGUCUGGACCCAGAAGCGCCCUCUAAAGGCCUGGAGUUAGACUCAAAUAAAACAGAAGAAACCGGAACUGGUAGCAGUGCAAACUCUUCUACAACACCAGCGCUGGAACCACCUGAACCCACAGUGGAGGAGAAGUCGUCAAAUAUAGAACACCCUACAGAACAAGAAGCUGCAGAUCUGAAAGAACCUGCAGCUACUGAGACUGAAACAAUGGUUCCAGAUGUAUCCCCCACCCCCACAGAAUCCAGAGAGGCUAGCUCUGUGGGUAAUAAAGGAGAACCAGCAGGAAAGUUCAGAGAAGAUCUCCAACCCGAGGAGGAGAGGGAAAGUACUGGUCACAAUCAGAACAGAACAGAACCUGAACCUGAACCUAAACCUGAGCAUGGCUCGACUGAUACAUGUGAUCCAGACUCACAGUGCAGAACCAGAACAGAACCACAGACAGGUUCUGUUCCACUCGGGUCCAACCAGAGAGAGGGAGUACACACACACAGAACCCAAACCAGAGGACCUCAGGGUCCACCAGGGUUGCCAGGUCUUCCAGGACCAAAAGGAGAAAAAGGUUAUGCCGGAGUCAUGGGCCGGACCGGAGUCACCGGAUACAGAGGCCCAGUUGGACCCCCCGGGAUGCCGGCAAUUAUAGUGUGGAAAACAUCUGAGGAGGAAUGGCAAGCCUUUAAAAACACUACAUUCUACAAGAAGCUGGUGUCCUCAUGGCCGAGGGUAAAAGGUCUGAUGGGCCUAGUUGGACCACUAGGAGAUCCUGGACCCCCUGGACCGCCGGGAAUUCCAGGGAAACAGGGAAGGAAAGGAGAGUCUGGACCAAUGGGAGCAGCAGGUCCUGCUGGGAUACCGGGACCUCCAGGAAGACCAGGACAAGAUGGUUCCCCUGGAGAGGACAUUGAAAUGGGCCAAACCGGACCCAGAGGAGAAGAUGGCCCUCAAGGAUACAGAGGAGAGCAAGGCUGCAAAGGGGAGCCGGGUGAGUGGGGUUAUGUUGGAGAAGCAGGACCUCAAGGGGAGAAAGGGAGGAAAGGAGAGAAGGGGAAUAAAGGAGAUGUUGGCCUGAUUGGAAUAACAGGUUAUAUUGGAAUACCCGGACCCAGAGGACAGCGGGGGUUCGUCGGAGCGUCCGGUUCUCCUGGGGAUCCCGGGGGGGCUGGACCUGCAGGACGUCGAGGACCAGCUGGCCGGACAGGAACCAGAGGCCCAAAUGGAAUGAUUGGUGUUAAAGGACCCCCAGGUCAGCCAGGUGAGACCGGACUGAGAGGAGCUGCAGGCAAACAGGGUGAGUCGGGUGCUGAUGGCCUUGAUGGUUUUCCUGGAGAUCGUGGACUGCAGGGUAACCCAGGAGCUGAUGGACCUCCAGGAACCAAAGGAGAUCAGGGAAAACCAGGAAUUGAAGGGGUAAUAGGGGACCCUGGUCUACCAGGACCUACAGGUUCCACUGGAAAAGCAGGAAAACCUGGACCCUCAGGUGAUCCAGGAAUCAAAGCAAACCGUGCUGAUAAGGGUGAUUCUGGGCAAAAAGGAGAGCUAGGACCCCCUGGCCCACCUGGUAAACGUGGAUUCAGCGGUCAAAGGGGUUCUUCUGGUUUUCAGGGAGAAACUGGGCCGAUUGGACCUGCUGGGUUACCAGGACCUCAGGGUAUAGAUGGAAGUGCUGGCGAUCCAGGAAAGCAAGGCCAGGAUGGAGCAAAGGGGGAUCGAGGCAGUGGUGGCAUAGCUGGUGGUCCUGGACCCAGAGGUGAAAAGGGUCGCCCUGGAAGGACUGGGUUUACUGGUUUGCCAGGAUCUUUGGGGGAGAUGGGAAAGCCAGGAGAAAGAGGACCUGAAGGAGAUCCUGGUAUUAAGGGUAUUCCAGGACUUUUGGGAGGAUCUGGAUCUACAGGACUGAAGGGUCUACAGGGUUUUCCAGGCAGUCGAGGGCAGGAUGGGAUUCAUGGAGCUCCAGGACCCACAGGACCUUCAGGAACCAAUGGAGAAACUGGUCCUUCAGGUGCAAAAGGCUUGCCUGGGAAGUCUGGAGCUCCUGGUGUUCAGGGUGCUGUUGGACGUCGUGGGUAUCCUGGAGGUACAGGACUUACUGGGGAGCCUGGGAAGCCUGGAGUGAAGGGGGUGAAAGGCAGACCUGGGUCAGAGGGGCUUCCAGGCAGCGCUGGUCUGAAGGGGGUUCGAGGACCAGAGGGUCCUAAAGGAAAACCUGGACGUGCAGGGUUGCGCGGCGUUCCAGGACAGAAGGGUUACCGCGGUUCCAUGGGGAUUGAGGGAAACAUCGGCCCAUGGGGAAAGGCUGGUCGUCAGGGGCCGCCGGGUGACAGAGGGCCACAAGGUCCAGCUGGACCCGCGGGUGUGGCCGGUUAUUCGGGUAAAGAUGGACCAGCAGGAGAUACUGGACCUCAAGGAACCAAAGGUGAUCAGGGAUUUAAAGGAGCAGCGGGGAUGAAGGGGGUCGCUGGUGUCGAUGGUGAGGAGGGCGGAGUCGGUGGGAGUGGUCCAGUCGGGCCUGUGGGACUUAAAGGACUUCCUGGGGGUAGGGGGAGUCCUGGACCGCCAGGUUUUUCUGGACCUAAAGGAGUCAGUGGAGCUGCAGGUCCCAUAGGAACACCAGGUGUAAAAGGUUCUACUGGACGAGAGGGACAAAGUGGAUCUCCUGGACAGAAAGGACAUCCUGGACCCGCUGGAGAAAAGGGUCAACCAGGCACCAGGGGGCGCUCAGGUUUGGCAGGAAUAUACGGCCCAGGAGGCGACAUGGGGGCAGCAGGAGGAAAAGGUCCCAAAGGUGAAAGUGGACUCACAGGAGAGCCGGGGAUUAUGGGGCGUCCGGGUCCAGCAGGUCCAACUGGGCUGCCAGGUUUACCAGGAGGCAGGGGUUUAGUGGGUCAAAGUGGACAUCAGGGGCCAAAGGGAGAUUCUGGAGAGCGAGGAGAUCCUGGACCACGUGGCGAGAACAGACCAAAAGGCUUUGCAGGUCAAAGAGGAAAGAAAGGAGAGACUGGAGGAAGAGGAGGAGCGGGAUCAGUGGGGCCGCCAGGAUCUAAGGGUACUACUGGAGGAAAAGGCAGACGAGGAGUUGCUGGACCCCCAGGGGAUAAAGGGAUACAGGGUCAACCAGGGUCAAAGGGGAAGAAGGGUACUCCAGGGAAAAAUGGCAGCAAGGGUGUUGCUGGAAAAAUGGGAGCUCGAGGUCCAAAAGGCAAACAGGGUGCUCCAGGAAAACCAGGAAAACCAGGUGUCAGAGGGACAGACGGUCUGCUUGGAGUUAUUGGGAAUGAAGGAUACCCUGGUGAUCAGGGGCACAGAGGGGCCGCUGGCAGAGCAGGACCACCAGGCAGUCCAGGUCUGGCUGGAGCUCCAGGGACACAGGGCAUGCUGGGAUUGGCUGGUCUAAAGGGUUCCUCUGGUCACAUGGGAAAUCCUGGCCCGCCGGGACCACUCGGACCUGAGGGAAUUCCUGGAAUACGAGGAGGGAAAGGAAGUGCCGGUUCUCCAGGACAAAAUGGACUUCCAGGUGUUCGAGGCUCACAGGGGCCGGCUGGAGAACAGGGACAGAAGGGAAAACCAGGCGUUCCUGGACCUGUGGGCCCACCAGGACGAAGAGGUGCUCAGGGGGACGUGGGCCCCCGUGGUCCCCCAGGCCGGACUGGAUUCCCCGGUGUUCCGGGUCUCUCCGGAAAGAAGGGAAUGAAGGGAAUUGGAGGAUUGCCAGGGCCAAAGGGGAAGCGAGGACAGAAAGGGGAACCGGGGAAGCCCGGUGUUCCCGGUCCAAAGAACCUGAGACAAAAAGCUCCACCUCCACCAACCCGGAGACGAGGGCCAAAGCUUAAAACUAAGCUCCAGCCUCUGAGAACAGCGAGGACUAGAAAUUUUCAGUCUGAUGAAGAAAGUCCAUUGGCGCCCGACGGCUCUUGGGGCAGCAGAACCAGUUCUGCCUCCACCUGCCGAGAGUUAGGCCUUGUUCUUCCAGGCUUGACUGAUGGGCUUUAUUACGUGGAUCCGAAUCAGGGCUGUCCGUUUGAUGCCCUGAGCGUAUUCUGUAACUUCACUGCUGGAGGUCUAACCUGCAUCUCACCUGUCCAAUCACAGAUUGAGGGAGAAUGGCCGGCUACCAGAUCAACCAACAGCAAAUGGUUCAGUGAAAUACAGAACGGAGUCAAGGUGGAAUACCCAGGGCUUGAUGUCGUCCAGCUGAGAUUUCUGCGUCUAAACAGCAACUCCGCCUACCAGCAGAUCACCAUUUCCUUUCCAACCAGUGCCAAUCUGACAACCAGUCAGAGGAAGAACACACCCAACAUGGUUUACUUGCUGGGGGAUUCAGCCAAUGAGAUCAGAUCUGCACAUGUUAAAGUAUCAAGAUCUGACUGUGAGGUACGUGUGCGGGUGAAGAUAAAGCAAUAUUCUGAAAUGGAGCUGCUGCCGAUUCGAGAUUUCCGUGUGGAGGGCGGGGACAGGCGCCGGGGGCGGGACUUCAGAGCGGUGCUUGGACCCCUGUGCUUUUUAUAGCCUUCUGCUCCCUCAUAUCGAGACUCAGCACUUCAUGGACAGAAUUAUGCGUGUUUGUGGCUCUUCACCGGUUCUCGUCACACUAGAAUGAGAUGAGAUCUGCUACUAUUCACCAGUAGACCAGUUUCACUCACUGGUUAACUGGAAUAACUGCAUCUGACUGGAACAUUGUCUGGAAAGCUGUUCAUCUGAACAGUACAGGUUAUUUAAUUAAACAUUACAAUAAAAACUGGACAGUAUUUUUGGGAUUGUUGUCUCCUGAAAAAAUCCAGAAGCCCCAGUUCCCCUCCAGUCCUGUUUAUUUAACCAGUGCCUUGUUAGAUGGAAUUAGGUGAUCUGCUGGUGGAACCGAACUAAUCCAUACUGGGUCUGAAGUUCACAGAGUUCUUCCAACAUAUUAAUAGCUUUACAGACCAACAGCACUUUCUUACUCUAUUCUAUUCUAUUCUAUUCUAUUCUUCAGUAGUGUUGUGUAGUCUAGUCUAUUGUAUUGUAAAGCUUUCACAUUUGAAAACUCCAACAUUUAUUUUAAAUAUUUUAAACAGCUCUGAAUGUCUCCUGGGCUGAAAUGUUUCUGUAUUUAUUAUGGUUGUUUAAUGCUGUACAGAAAGUGGUGAACCUGAGUUUCUCUGUCAGCAUGAUAAUGAUGUUUCUAAAUGUAUAUGGAUGUUAUUUUUAUGUGUUGUGUGUGUAUUAAGAUGUAUAUGUUGUUGUAUAUGUGUUUUAAAAUCAGUGCUUUGCUACUGAUGUAAAGUCUGGGAUGUAUUAGUUCUGAAUAAAAUUCAACAAUUUUCCUUGAUCCUGUCAGCCGUGAUGUUAAAAAAUCACCCAAUAAAUGAAAUAAUAAAAAG